CACAAAUACCUCUUUGGCCUUUUCUCUUUUUCUAAUGUGCUAUAGCUAGCAGAUACUGAAAAAAGCAGUCAUCUUUUGAGAAAUUGGAAACAAAUCAGAAGAAUGGCUUCUCCAAAGAAAAAUGAGAAGAAUAUCAGAAGGGAAGAGAGCAAGUCCAUAGCCAUAAUCUUUAGAUAUGCAGAUUGGGUUGAUAUGUUGCUUAUGAUUAUGGGUACUAUUGGAGCUAUUGGAGAUGGCAUGUCAACUAACUGUCUUUUAGUCUUUGCCAGCCGCAUAAUGAACAGCUUAGGCUAUGGUAAUAAUAAAACGACCCAACAAAAUCAAGCCAAUUUCAUGUCUGAAGUUGAAAAGUGCAGCUUAUAUUUUGUGUACUUGGGAUUAGCAGUCAUGGCGAUGGCAUUUAUGGAAGGUUACUGUUGGAGCAAAACCAGUGAGCGACAGGUUUUGAAGAUCCGAUACAAGUAUUUGGAAGCUGUUCUCAGACAAGAAGUUGGGUUCUUUGAUUCACAGGAAGCAACUACUUCAGAGAUCAUAAAUAGCAUUUCAAAAGAUACUUCUCUUAUACAAGAAGUACUUAGUGAAAAGGUGCCCAUAUUUUUGAUGCACGCAACAGUUUUCAUAUCAGGACUUGCAUUUUCUACCUAUUUUUCAUGGAGGCUGUCUCUAGUAGCUUUUCCAACUUUGCUUUUGUUAAUAAUACCUGGAAUGAUUUAUGGGAAAUACCUUCUCUACUUGUCCAAAAAGGCUCAUAAAGAGUAUGGUAAAGCAAACGCCAUUGUUGAGCAGGCCUUGAGCUCUAUUAAGACAGUUUAUGCAUUCACUGCUGAGAAAAGGAUUGUUGAUAGAUAUUCAGCAAUAUUGGACAUGACAUCAAAGCUAGGAAUCAAACAAGGCAUAGCGAAAGGUCUCGCAGUAGGAAGCACUGGACUAUCCUUUGCCAUAUGGGCAUUUAUUGCUUGGUAUGGAAGUCAUUUGGUUAUGUACAAAGGAGAAAGUGGAGGGAGGAUAUAUGCUGCUGGCAUUUCCUUCAUAUUAGGAGGACUAUCCCUUGGAAUUGCACUUCCUGAUUUGAAGUACUUCACAGAAGCAUCUGUUGCCGCCACCCGAAUAUUUGACAGGAUUGACAGAGUUCCAGAAAUUGAUAGUGAAGAUACAAAAGGAAUUGUAUUAGACAAAAUGCAAGGUGAAAUAGAGUUCGAACAUGUCAAAUUCACAUACCCAUCUCGACCAGAUUCCACUGUCCUUAAAGACUUUAGCCUUAAAAUUGAAGCAGGAAAAACUGUUGCCCUUGUUGGUGCAAGUGGAAGUGGAAAGUCCACUGCCAUUGCUUUAGUACAGCGAUUUUAUGAUGCUAAUGGUGGAUUUGUCAAGAUUGAUGGUGUUGAUAUAAGAACAUUAAAUUUGAAAUGGAUAAGAGGAAAAAUGGGUCUUGUUAGCCAAGAACAUGCUUUAUUUGGGACAUCAAUUAAAGAGAAUAUCAUGUUUGGAAAGCUUGAUGCUACAAUGGAUGAAGUCACAGCCGCAGCUAUGGCUGCAAAUGCUCAUAACUUUAUAAGACAGCUUCCAGAAGGUUAUGAGACAAAGGUUGGAGAAAGAGGAGCACUUUUAUCUGGCGGGCAGAAGCAGCGUAUUGCCAUUGCUAGAGCCAUCGUUAAGAACCCUGUUAUUCUCUUACUCGACGAAGCAACAAGUGCUCUUGACUCUGAGUCAGAAAAACUAGUCCAAAAUGCUCUUGAUCAAGCCUCCAUGGGAAGAACUACACUGGUGGUUGCACACAAGCUAGCUACAAUAAGAAAUGCAGACCUCAUUGCAGUGGUUAACAAUGGAUGCAUCAUUGAAUUAGGUUCACAUAAUGAUCUGAUCCAGAGAAAAAAUGGACACUAUGCUAACCUAGCAAAGCUACAAGGGCAGUUCAGUUGUGAUGACCAUGAACAAAACCCUGAUCAACUACAUUUGUCUUCAGUUGCAAGAAGCAGCGGUGGCCGGAUAAGCACAGGAAAAUCAAGUCCAGCUAUCUUUGCAUCACCACUACCUAUCAUUGACAGCCCAAAAAAGCCUGUAUCUCACCCCCCACCUUCCUUCUCUCGCCUUUUGUCUUUGAACUCUCCUGAAUGGAAGCAAGGCCUAAUAGGAAGUCUUUCAGCUAUAAUCUUUGGUGCAGUGCAACCUGUAUAUGCCUUAACCAUUGGUGGCAUGAUAUCAGCUUUCUUUGCACCAAGCCAUGAACAAGUCCAUGCUCGAAUGCGCACAUACUCCUUAAUAUUCUGCUCACUUUCCUUGAUUUCUAUAACCUUGAAUCUUGUGCAGCACUACAAUUUUGGUUAUAUGGGUGAGAGGCUAACGAAGAGAAUCCGAUUGAGAAUGCUAGAAAAGAUAUUGACUUUUGAGGCGGCUUGGUUCGAUGAAGAACAAAACUCUAGUGGAGCUUUAUGUUCAAGAUUGAGUAAUGAAGCCACCAUGGUAAAAUCCCUUGUCGCAGAUAGAGUUUCUUUAUUAGUUCAAACAACCUCUGCAGUUACCAUAGCAAUGAUCAUGGGACUAGUUGUGGCUUGGAAGCUUGCACUUGUUAUGAUCUCAGUUCAACCGCUUACAAUUCUAUGUUUCUACACCAGAAAAGUUUUGCUUUCUAGCAUGACAACAAAUUUUGUCAAAGCACAAAAUCAUUCUACUCAAGUUGCCGCAGAAGCAGUAUAUAACCAUAGAAUUGUUACUUCAUUUGGAAGUGUACAAAAAGUACUUCAAUUAUUUGAUAAGGCACAAGAGGAACCAAGAAAAGAGGCAAGGAAAAAAUCAUGGCUAGCAGGAAUCGGAAUGGGCUCUGCGCAAUGCCUAACUUUCAUGUCAUGGGCUUUAGAUUUUUGGUUUGGAGGGACUUUAGUAGAAAAAGGAGAGAUAUCAGCUGGUGAUGUGUUCAAAACAUUCUUUAUUCUUGUAAGCACUGGAAAGGUUAUAGCUGAGGCAGGAAGCAUGACUUCUGAUUUAGCAAAAGGUUCCACUGCAAUCGCAUCUGUGUUCCAGAUUCUUGACAGACAAUCUCUAAUUCCAGGCUCUUCCAAUAAUGGAGGGGACAGUGCUAGCAGUGGAACCAAGCUAGAAAAAUUAACUGGAUGGAUAGAAAUGAAGAAAAUUGAUUUCGCAUAUCCAAGUAGACCAGAGACAUUAAUAUUACGCGAAUUUUGCUUGGAAGUGAAGCCUGGAACAAGCAUUGGACUAGUAGGGAAAAGUGGGUGCGGAAAAUCAACAGUAAUAGGAUUGAUUCAAAGAUUUUAUGAUGUUGAAAGUGGUUCACUUAAAGUUGAUGGUGUAGACAUAAGACAACUAGAUGUUCAAUGGUAUAGGAAGCAGACCGCGCUUGUCAGCCAGGAGCCUGUGCUUUAUUCAGGCAGCAUCCGCGACAACAUUGUCUUUGGAAAGCUCGAUGCUUCCGAGAAUGAGGUGGUGGAGGCUGCCAGAGCCGCCAAUGCCCAUGAAUUCAUCUCGUCGCUAAAAGAUGGAUACGAGACAGAAUGUGGGGAAAGAGGAGUGCAACUUUCAGGAGGGCAAAAGCAAAGAAUAGCAAUUGCAAGAGCUAUAAUUAGGAACCCAACAAUAUUAUUACUAGAUGAGGCAACAAGUGCACUUGAUGUGCAAUCUGAACAAGUUGUGCAAGAAGCAUUGGAUCGAAUAAUGGUGGCAAGAAGUACCAUUGUGGUGGCUCACCGGCUUAAUACGAUCAAGAAGCUUGAUUCCAUUGCCUUUGUUGCAGAUGGGAAAAUGGUAGAGAGAGGAACUUAUGUGCAGCUAAAGAACAAGAGAGGUGCCUUUUUUAACCUCGCCACCCUUCAAGACUAGAUAGACAUGUUUAUCAAGCUUUUGUAACUUCACCAGUAACUGUAUCACUGUUUAUGCAAAUCUAAUAGAGGGUUGGAAACGGUGACUGGAGUCGCAUUGUAAAUACAAAUUAAAAAACAAACUAUAAAAAUUUUAUGCAGACCUUAAUUAGGAAUUGGGUUAA